AUGCAGGAAGAUGCCGCUGAUAAAACGCAGCAAUUGCAAAAUUUUCAAUCCGACGAUUUGCUGGAGAAGCUGAAGCUGCUCAACUAUGAGAAGCAUCUGCUGAGAGAAUAUAAAUUAAAGCCGCUUUCGCGGUUUUAUUUCGUGAAGGCAACAAAUCCCGGCGAGCAAUUCUUCAUGUUCACGCUGAUCUGCUGGUGGUUGUGCAGAAAGCUGGGUAAGGAAAUGGAGCGGCCACAGGAAUACGAUGAUCCCAAUACGGUUAUAGCAAAGAUAAUGCAAAUACUGGAGGAAAUCGACGUCCCAGUGGAUUUUACUCCCAAUAAGCUAAUACGGGGCGCUGGACCCAUCUGCCUCAUGGUACUGGACGUGCUGGCCACGCAGGCGCUGAAGGUGACGCAAGUGAAUUAUCAACGCCUGCACAUCGCCCAGGAGGAGGAGUUCGUGGGCGACUAUUUGGAGGACAACGCGGAGAUCAUAUUGGAGAAGUUGGAGGAUGAGCAGAAUGCGGGCGCCCUCAGCGACGACAGCGAUCUCGAGCUGGAGGCGCACAAUUUCAAGCAGCUCAACUGGCUCAAUCGCCAGAAGCGCUCAAUGGGCGAACUGCCAGCAGGCACGACGGACGAGCUGAACGCUCGGCUCAGCGAUCAACAGGAGUGGCGCCUGGAGCUGGAGCGCGUGUUGCCGCAGCUGAAGGUGUUCGUCAAGGCCGAUGCCCGCGACUGGCGCACUCACAUCAGCCAAAUGGAGACGCUCAACACGAGCAUCGCCAACGUAGCCGAGACGACGCAGGCGCAGCUCAAGAAACUCCACAGCGAGUUCACCUUCAGCCUGGAGAAGAUCGAGAGCCGGGAGAAGCACUUGAACAACGAGUUCCAGCAGCUCAUCCAGCAGUACAAGGAGCUCUCCAUUGAGCUAUCCACCGUGCAGUACGCUCAGACGCAGCUCCAGGACGAGUCCGAGAAGCAGAUGAAUCAGCUCAGCGAGGUGAUGGCCGAGCAGGAGCUGAAGAAGCAGGAAAUGGAACGACGCGGACAAGUCAUGUCCGAUGGCAGCUCCGUGCAGCAGAUUAAGAAGGCGAUUGUCAAGCUAAAGGAUGACAUUGCCCAAUUGAAUCUGGAGGUGGCAUUGCUGGUGCAUGCCUACGACCAGGAGACAGUGCGUCAAGCGCUCGACCCUACCGACCAGGCAAACAACUGAUAAGCGAGGGAGUCCAUUCGGUAUUUAGCAUACGAAUGCGAUCGACUCGACACGACCCGGGCAUAUUUCACACUUGGCCAUGGGUGUGCUGCUGUUGUUGUUGUUGUUGUUGCUGUUGUUGUUGUUGUUGUUGCGAUGUUGGCCUUGUUUACACCGAUCGAUGGCUAUCGAUGGGGGCAACAACAGCAACAGGGCAGACCACCGGCGUUGCUCCGCCCCGUCGAACGUUGUUUGAUUUGAUUGCUGCAGUGCAGCUGAUAAGCUUUGUAAUUGGUUGCUAAGCCAAUAGGGCGGUCAAUUAUCACCUCUUUGUUAUCUACACUUCACACACACACACACACACACACACACACUCACACUCAAGUAGACGCACGCGUGUCCUGCGCUUGAUCAGAUAAGCAGCCACAUCGCACUUAGAUGAGAGGAUGCCGCUACUACCACAUAACCACGAACCCAACCACGAACCCAACCACGAACCUAACCACGAAACUAACCACGAACCUAACCAAACCAAUCCGAAACCAAAGCAAACCUGAGACGCAACCGCGAAACCGUUUGCUCGCCCGUAGGUGUUGCUCUACCCUCUCCCACUUUCUAUCUCCUUCACUCUCUCCCUCAGUCUCUCUCUCUCUCUCUCUCACUCACUUACUUUCAGCUCGCUGCGCACGCGCAAACGCUUUGUUUGCCCACUUGGCCAGCUUAUCAGCCCAAUUCCUAAUUCCCAAUUGCUCAGGUCCCUGCGAUGCGCAACUUGUUGUGAUUUGCGCUGCGGCUGUGGCCAAAGGUGCUAAAAGGUUUUCCCAAAACACACCAUACAACAACAACAACAGCAACAACAGCUUGGCAACUGCUGCGGACUUUUCUGUGCACGCGCUCAGGGAUUUCCAUCAUCCUUCAAAAUAUAGCCGCAUGUGAAGCCAA